GCAUAUUCCUGGGUAUAUGAGGGGCUUGCGCAAAAGACGCCAGCACUACUGCUGCAACCCACCGAGCACAGAAGUCUCACCGUGAGCCAGCACAUCGACCAACUGCAACAAUGAGUGACAAACCCGACAUCUCAGAGGUGACCAGCUUCGACAAGUCCAAGCUGAAGAAGACAGAGACGCAGGAGAAAAACCCCCUGCCGACAAAAGAGACCAUUGAACAGGAGAAGCAGGCAUCAUGAAGCCCCUCCCUCCCCGUCAUGCACUGUACACCCCCUUCUCCUCCUGCAUUGCCUUGUUUUCAGUCACUUCUUUUAGCUGUAUAACUCUGUAACCGAAAGUAUGAAUCGACGACUAUAACCGAGCUGCACAGCCGUGUGGACGGAUGAUGCCUUUGUCAGCCUCGCGCCCCGCCCAGAUCCCACCGCCGCGCUCCGCUCUGUCGGCCUGAAACAGGAUGGAGGAGGAGGAGGACGGGCUUUGACUGGUCCCAACGCCACUGAGACUGCCAACGCUGACCUGCAGGUUGAGGGGCGUGGUCUGCGCUCCAGGAAGUUCAUCAUCAUCGUCGUCGUCGCACCUUCACCUUCACCACCACCUCCACCACCCGGCAUCCCGUGUGGCUGCUUCUGCGAGGCGUCAGGCUCUUUUUCGUUUCGUCUUCUAAUUUUCGGAAAUGCACAACUUUGUUCUUCGCUGGCCAAAAUGUAAUUGCCCAAAAAAUUGAUACUGUCACAACGUUUUUUUUUUUUUUUUUUUUUUUUUUUUUUUUGUUUGUGUGUGUAUACAAGGAUUAAAAUAACGGAGUCCAUCUUGAUAGGAGAAGCUCAGAGGAUCUCGUGGCCUCUUGUUUUCUGAGCGGUUCAGGGAAGCGCUCCCGUCUCUGUUGAGGAAAUUGUUUGGGUAACUGGUUCUGUGUUUGCUUUGAACUGUUAAUCAAACUUCUUUUCGGAGUUUUGUAAAUUUCCCAGCAGUCAUGUUACUCUGCCACAAACCAUUGCCAGAAAAUGGAAAACCGUGAAAUGUUGUAAUAAAAAGAAUUUGUUACUAAAAUGAA